GCAACGGGUGUAGUCUGUGAGCGUGUGCUGUUCUUUGUUUUUGUUUUGUCUACUGUUAUAUUAUCAUCUUAACUGCCUCUCACGCCUUGGACAUACAUUUGGACAAUACGAAUAAUUAUCGUGUUCUUGGAGAGGCUUUUUCAUAACAAAAACAUGAGCUUUUUCUUGUGCAUCCACGUAAUUGGUUGUACUGUCUCCCCUUGCCAUCGAUAGUGGAGCUCGCUCGUCGAAGACGUUCAAGCCGAAGAAGAACAUUCCAGAAGGCUCCCACCAGUACGAGCUGCUGAAACAUGCAGAGGCCACGUUGGGGAGCGGAAACCUGCGCAUGGCCGUCAUGCUGCCUGACGGAGAAGACCUCAAUGAGUGGGUUGCUGUCAACACUGUAGAUUUCUUCAACCAGAUCAAUAUGCUCUACGGGACUAUCACUGACUUUUGCACUGAAGAGAGCUGUCCUGUGAUGUCUGCAGGUCCCAAGUAUGAGUACCACUGGGCUGAUGGGACCAAUAUAAAAAAGCCAAUCAAGUGUUCAGCACCAAAGUAUAUAGAUUAUCUGAUGACCUGGGUGCAGGAUCAACUGGAUGAUGAGACCCUCUUCCCAUCAAAAAUAGGUGUCCCCUUUCCGAAGAACUUCAUGUCUGUUGCCAAAACCAUCCUGAAGCGUCUGUUCAGAGUGUAUGCCCACAUUUACCACCAGCACUUUGAUGCAGUCAUCCAGCUGCAGGAAGAGGCCCAUCUGAACACAUCAUUCAAGCACUUCAUCUUCUUUGUUCAGGAAUUUAACCUGAUUGACAGAAAGGAACUGGUCCCACUCCAGGAGUUGAUUGAAAAACUUACCUCCAAGGACAGAUAAAUGGACUCGGCAGAAAAUGUUCGUCAGACGGACCUCCUCUAGUUUCCCUUGGUCUCAUACAGAAACUCUGGCUUCGCUAUAUGUGCUACAGUGUGUGAUAACAUUAAGGGAAUGUUUCUUACAAUGUUAGGGAUAAGGCAGCUUUUGAUUCUUUGCAACACGAUGGACGCAGAUCUUACUGUUGGCAGGUGACUUCGAGUGGGUUCACUUUUACAUUGCUGGGUGAAUUAUAGCCAUGUUCCACUGAUGCGUGAAACCCUUCUCAAGAAUUCAAUACAUUCAAGUGCCUAAAAUGGUUCUCCUCAACACUAACAAAUCUACUGAACAUGGACGAAAUCCAUGAUUUAGGUUUUUCAAAUUCUUAAAACAAUAUAGAAGAUGGUUUAUAUCAUUUUUGGUUUUCUGUACACAUUCUGCUGUUUAACUGUCUUGCCUUGGAGAGUUUAUUAGAAGGUCCUUUAGUGGAGGCUGGGGAGUUUAUGACCAUACAUUUGUACACACUAAGGUCAUGAUUAGUAAUGCAUGUGCCAGUUUGGGUCGGAAAAAAAUAUCCCUAUGUUUUUUAGAUACAGCAUGAUAACCGAGAUCAUUGGUCAGGCAGUUAAGUCUGAUGAGGAGUUUAAGACCGUUCAGUGUUAUGUGCAAGCUAUAGAGGACCGAUUUCACAGAACUGUAAUCUGGCUACUUGUGUGCUCAGACUUAUGUAGUUCAAUACACAAAAUUUGAAUGUUCUAUCAAAUGUUUACUUGAUGGGCUUGUGGGUGGCUCAUCCUGUAAAGGCACUGUUCCAGUGUGAGUAGAAGCCCCACAGUCUAAUUUGGGGCUGAUUGGCCGACAGCCCCAGCAGGGCAAUGCACAAUUGGCCCCAGCGUUUCCUGGGCAGGGAAGGUUUCAGCUGGCCAGGACUACUGCGUCUGCUCUCUAGCAACCCCCAACUGACCAGUCUUCAUCUGACUCUUGUCUGUGUGGGCUUGACUUGUUGACUGCGGUGUAACAGAUAACGUGUAAAAGCACUGCUAGAAAAUUGGGGAAAGUUUACUUGUUUAUUCAUUAUAUAUGUUCCCCACUACUGAUACACCUUUCCAUUUACACUACAUGUAAUAAGCUAUGUAGACCUGGAUUGUAAUGCCUGCUGGAAAACCCAGUUUAUUUGAGUUGUUUGGAGUUGUUGUUGUUUUUCCUGAUUGCUUUGGCACCUAUUUCAUAGAAGUAAGCAUCUUAAGCACACAGGCUCUGGGGUUCAGUGGAGUUCAUUGAAGUUUCUCAGAAAAUAGACAACCUUGUAGGGUUAAAACCAUAGAAAUUAUAUUACAGGCUGUGUACCUGUAAAACUUUAUGGAACUUUUACCAAUUCUCCCACAGUAGUAAUGUUUAUAGCUAUAGUUUAUUGCUGUAGCAUGAAAUAAUUAAUAUAGAACUGUGUUUUAUGGUGUUUUACAAAUGACAUUCUGCUGGCUCUGAGGACGUGUUCUGUACCUUGCUGAAGUUCAGGUUGGCAUCACUGGUUAUUGACCUGCUCAUACAAUGCUAUCUAUAUAAGCUUGCUUGCUGCAAUAUCGUGCACACCUAUUGACUUCAUUGACUAAUUUUAGCUUUAUUUUAAUAAAAUGUUUAUGCAGUGGCACAGGAGUAUGUCUCUAUUCCUAUUGACACAAUUGUGUUAAUGUGCAAAAUAAUGAACUUGUCUGGAAUGGACAGAGCCAAAUUAUUUUAAACUGUAAUCUUACUAUGCAGACCAUUUGUAGGUCACUUAAAAUACUGUAUAAGAUUGGUUGUAUUUUUGAUGGAUCUAGGCUAUUGGCUCAUAACAAGUUCUGAAUUUAAGAAUUCAGCAUAGUGUUAUUGUUUCAGAUUCAUGACCCUUUGCCAUCCAUUGAUUUCUCCCAAUAGAUAGGAAAAUUUUAAUCUGUGCAUCUGUUUUUAAUGUCUGUUGACAUAGAACAUUCUUUACCACCCUGUUGGACCAUUGGCUGAGAAAAUGAGCUAGUUAUGCAACAUUAGCAUUUAUGCUAAUAUUUUUAUCCAGGGAAUUAAAAUGCCAGCUACAGUUUGCUGUUACUGUAUGAUAUAAUGCAGCAUCAUUUAAACUUUAAAGAUUUUCCCAGGUGCACAGUCUAUAAUAUUGAGGAAAGCCAUUUCUUUACCACAGAUUUGUUGCAGCCAAUGCUGCAAUGUUGUGGCCUGCGCUGUGUUGUCAAGCCCUUGUCUCUUCCUUUGUGGCAUGAUACAGGAGGUUUUCUGAAAAGAAAAAAAUGCCAGACUACGUGUUCGGUUACUGUAUAGAUUAGUGGAGUUAGUGGAAGUACAGUGUCAUCCUUCGCUGUGAGCAAUAAUUGAUGGCCUGUGUCCUAGAGAGGGAGAGAAGACUCAUGAAACAUUCUAUAUAACAAGCGUGCUAUGCAAUUUCAUCUAAUUCUCUGUUUUGCAUUCUAAUACAGGGGUAUUGAGAGUAUUUACUUCCAUAUUUUACUUCAGAUUUAAUUUUGCAUGCUGCAAAUGCAUCUGGCUCUUACUUAUUUUUUUAAGCAUAAACCAUGGCAAUUAUUAUUAAGAAUUUACACUCAGUAAGCACUUUAUUAGGUAUUUCUUAGACUUAUUUUUAGACUUCAGUUGCUGUAGCCUACCCACUACAGCAGUUAUGAUUGUGUCUUCAGAGAUGCUCUUCUGCACACCCAAAUGUGUGGUUAUUUGUGUUACUGUCACCUUCCUGUCAGCUUUGACCAGUCUGGCCAUUCUCCUCUGAUGUCCCUCAUUAAUAAUGCAUUUUUGUCUGCAGAACUGCUGCUCACUGUAUUUUUUAUUUUGUUUUGCACCAUUCUUUGUAAACUCUAGAAACUAGUGUGCAUGAAAAUCCCAGGAGAUCAGCAGUUUUUCAAACCACCCUGUUUGCCACCAACAAUCAUUCCAUGGUCAAAGUCACUUAGAACACAUUUUCCCAGUUGAUGUGAACAUUAACUGAAGCUCCUACAUGAUUUUAUGCUUUGCACUGCUGUCACACAAUUGGCUGAUUGGAUAAUCACAUGAAUAAGUAGGUGUAAUAAAGUGUUCCUAAUAAAGUGCUCGGUGAGUGUAUUUUUGUCAUAGCAACAGGGAUGCCAGUUUAAAUGGCAUAUAUUAUUAUGUUUAUAGUGGGGUUAAAUGCAAAGUGCAUUACAUUUGAACAAAACAUUUAAUACCUAUUGAUUUAGAAGGACAUGGCUGGGUUUAUUUUCUUUUUUUCACAUGUAUUUGUACAUAUUACCACACUGCUUUUGUCUGCACUGUAAGUUAAGAGUUUAUCUAUCUGCUGCACAAACCAUAUGCAACACAAAUAGUUGAAUAGGAUUUUCAUUUGCAAGAUUAAAAGAUGCUGAUUGUUUGAAACUGUCACUACAUAAGUGUCCCCCCUGGUAAUCCUAGUUCUAGAUGGCUUGAGCAGUCAAGGUUUGCACUUUCUGAAUCAAUAGCUUUGCUAUUUCCUCCCCCUGAGGUUAAAAUUAGCUGUCAGUAAAAUAUUGCAUAUUGCUCUAAUUGGAAAUGUUAGUUCUUCAGUAUGUUUUUUUUUUUUUUUCUUUUUAAAGUUCUUUUUUGUUUUAUAUUACCUACGUGUUUUGUUUGCAAGACGUGUGUAAGAACUGACUGUAAACCAAAAUAAAUAAUGGUACUGAUUUUUUGGGGGGGUUUUUUUGGUUAACAUUUUUACAGAUUGCAACGUGUAAAUGCCCCUUCAACACAAAUAAAUGGUUGUAAUAUACAGCACAUUUUUGGAGAAAGAUGUAAAUAAUGUAUACAGGUGUGUUAUUUGAUGGGAUUGAAGAUAUUUAAAGUUACAGGAUUUUUUUCUGGUAUGAUACUGAAUGCUGUUUAUAUGGACAAUAAAAGUUUUGUUUCAUGAAAUUA